AUGUUGAACGAUUUUGUGCUCGAUGCGUUAAAUGCCAUCAAGCAAAAUCUAAGACACCCGCACAGUUUGUAUCUUCCUCUCUCUAUUCCAUUUUGUCCUUGGACUGACUUAUCUAUGGACUUUGUUCUCGGACUCCCUAGGAUCCGAAACAAAGACUCUAUUUUUGUUGUUGUGGACAGAUUUUCGAAGAUGGCUCACUUUAUUCCGUGUGCAAAGGCGAAUGAUGCUUCCCACAUUGCCGAGUUAUUCUUCAAGGAGGUGGUACGCUUGCAUGGCUUACCAAGGAGCAUUGUGUCGGAUCGGGACCCAAAGUUUCUGAGCUACUUUUGGAAGACAUUAUGGAGGAAGCUCGGAACAAAACUUGUCUUCUCAACGACAUGCCACCCACAAACCGAUGGUCAAACCGAAGUUGUAAACCGAACAUUGGCUGCACUACUUCGAGCAACAAUAGGGCGCAACCUCAAGAAUUGGCUGGAGUGUCUACCACAUGUUGAGUUCGCAUACAACCGAGCAACACACUCCGCCACCAAACAUUCUCCUUUUGAAGUCGUUUAUGGCUUUGACCCCUCUUUCCCGCUGGACCUAUCACCGAUUCCUACUCAAGAAAUGAUCAGCCUUGAUGGGGAGAAGAAGGCUGAAGUUGUGCAGAAGUUACAUGCCAAAGUUCGAGACAACAUCGCAAGAAAGACUGAACAAUACAUGCGGCAAGCCAACAAAGGACGCAAGAAGGUGUCAUUCGAAGUCGGAGAUUGGGUGUGGCUGCACCUAAGACCUGAAAGGUUCCCCAACAAGAGGAGCUCAAAGCUAGCCCCAAGAGGAGAUGGACCAUUCCGUAUCUUGGAGAAGAUCAAUGACAAUGCCUACCGCUUGGAGUUGCCCGGUGAGUAUAAUGUAUCUUCUUCUUUCAAUGUGGCUGAUCUACUUCCGUUUGAUGCAGGAGAUCUUGUUUCGAGGUCGAAACCUUUGCAACGGGGAGGGAAUGAUGAGGUCAUCGAUCUAGAUGCGGAUGAGGAGCAGCUGAAUACGGAUGAAACACAAGAAGGAGCUUCGGAUGCACUUGGCAAGGAGAGAGAAGUUGCUGACCUUGCCAUGCCUACACUACCGGAUCCACCACUUACAAGAGCUCGAGCACGCAACCUUAGAGCUAAAAUCAACCUGUUCAUAGAUCAUUGGCUGAUGGAGACGUCGGAUCACUUGGCUGAAACCAUAACUGCCCCAAGACAUGAGUUUAACUCGCUGAAGAAGACACAUGACCAAAAUGGAGUUGACUCUCUUGAAGAUCACUUUUGGACGAAAUUUGGAGCUAAACUGAAGACAUUUCCUUACCAAGAAGCUGUUGCAUCUUUCCUUUUCCUUUUUACACAAUUUCUAGACAUUUCCAUUUUGCGGCUGCACCUAAGGCCUGAAAGGUUCCCAAAUAAGAGGAGCUCAAAGCUAGCACCAAGAGGAGAUGGACCGUUCCGUAUUUUGGAGAAGAUCAAUGACAAUGCCUACCGCUUGGAGUUGCCCGGUGAGUAUAAUGUAUCUUCUUCUUUCAAUGUGGCUGAUCUACUUCCGUUUGAUGCAGGAGAUCUCGUUUUGAGGUCGAAACCUUUGCAACAGGGAGGGAAUGAUGAGGUCAUCGACCUAGAUGCGGAUGAGGAGCAGCCGAACACGGAUGAAACACAAGAAGGAGCUACGGAUGCACUUGGCAAGGAGAGAGAAGUUGCUGAGCUUGCCAUGCCUACACUACCGGAUCCACCACUUACAAGAGCUCGAGCACGCAACCUUAGAGCUAAAAUCAACCUGUUCAUAGAUCAUUGGCUGAUGGAGACGUCGGAUCACUUGGCUGAAACCAUAACUGCCCCAAGACAUGAGUUUAACUCGCUGAAGAAGACACAUUGA